GAAAUGUCAUUUAAAUUCAAUUCCCUCAUUAAAACCAACCCCUAAGACUUCCCCAUCAUGUGCAGUCAGGAUCGGAAAUGGCCAAUGAGCAUCUUCUCAUUCCUGGAAGAGGAGUGCAUGUUCCCCAAGGCCUCUGACACCACUUUCAAGAACAAGCUGUAUGACCAGCAUCUUGGCAAAAAAAAAGGCCUUUGAGAAGCCCAAGCCUGCCAAAGGCAAGACUGAGGCCCACUUCUCCCUGGUGCACACUGUGGACUACAACAUUACUGGCUGGCUGAACAAGAACAAGGAUCCACUGAAUGAGUCUGUGGUGCAGCUGUACCAGAAGUCAUCCGUGAAACUGCUGCCAGUCCUGUACCCACCUGCCGUUGAGGAGAGUGAUGGUGGUAAGAAGAAGGGUGGCUCCAUGAUGACUGUGUCCUCACUGUUGUUUCUUGGUGUUUUAUGCCCCCAACGUUGUCUUCAAGGCAGCGCUGCCUGGAAGGCACUAGGGUUAGGCAUGGGUUAAGGUUAGGCUCCAGGUUAAAUAACAUGUAGGUCGUCAGUACAAUCCAACUUAUCCGAGAGUGUAGUCUGAACAGCCCGUGGAGGACGAAGUAACCGGGCUGCGUAGAACAACAAUUGUCUGAUAAAGCGGCGAGAAGAGAUAAGAGGAAAACUGGCAUGUGACAGACAAGAGCUGAUAUAAUCUCGGUGACGUGAAGCUUUUGGUAUACAACUCUCGGUCUGUGGCUUGCGCAACAGAGAUAUAUCCACUACGAAGAGACUG